CGCCAGCGCCGCCGCCGCCCGGCUCGCAGCGCCCGAGCCGCCGCCGGCGGUUGCGAACCUGCCGCCGUGCGCGGCCCGCCGGGCGCCGCGGCCUGCGGGCGGCCGCUGGUUGGCGGCGGGGGGACACGUGAGGGAGGAGGGGGCAGCGGCGGCGGCAGGAGUUUCCCCGACAGCUGGAGGUUGCGGCGGCGGCUCCUCCUCCCCGGGUCCCCGUUAGAGCCCAGAGAGACCCCCCGCGCUCCUCCUUAUUGACAAACACACAAAGGGCCGCGCCGGGGCCGCGUCUGGAGCCGGCAUGGGAGACAAGAAGAGCCCGACCAGGCCGAAGCGGCAGCCGAAACCCUCCUCGGACGAGGGCUACUGGGACUGCAGCGUCUGCACCUUCCGCAACAGCGCCGAGGCCUUCAAGUGCAUGAUGUGCGACGUGAGGAAGGGCACCUCCACACGGAAACCUCGACCUGUCUCUCAGCUGGUUGCACAACAGGUUCCUCAGCAAUUCGUGCCCCCUACACAAUCAAAGAAAGAGAAAAAAGACAAAGUAGAAAAGGAAAAAAGUGAAAAGGAAACAACAAGCAAAAAGAACAGUCAUAAGAAAACCAGGCCAAGGUUGAAAAAUGUGGAUCGAAGUAGCGCUCAGCAUUUGGAAGUUACCGUUGGAGAUCUGACAGUCAUAAUUACAGACUUUAAGGAGAAAACUAAGUCACCACCUGCUUCCAGUGCUGCUUCUGCAGAUCAACACAGUCAGAGCGGUUCUAGCUCUGACAACACAGAGAGGGGAAUGUCCAGGUCAUCUUCACCCAGAGGAGAAGCGUCAUCACUGAAUGGGGAAUCUCAUUAAAGUUUAUUUCCUCCCGUUUCUUUAGUCUCUUCUCUUCAAAACAUGCAAAUACAUAACUUCUGUCACCCGUUACCACAUUUUCAUGACAGAUUAUCCAUGCACAAUUGGUAUGUUGACUGGAACUUAAUUUAUGCAGUUUUAAAAAAAGAAAAAAGUGCAGUGGUAGAAACAAUAAUUUAAAUGCAAUCUACAAAUGCUUACAAAGCAUUUUCCGACCAACUUUUUAAUCUUCAUGUGUAAAGGUGCCAUGAAAAUGUGGUUUGAAUGUUCAUUAUGCAGUGUUAUUGGUAAGUCCAUUUUCACUUUUAGUUUAGUGAAUUCUAACACAACUCUUGGAGUCUCUACUAUUGGCAUGUACUGAAUUUAAAUUUUUAUAACAUAGUUCAAGCUGCCUAAAUAUGUAUUAUUUGAGAAUUGUGAAACAUAGUUAUAUGUAUGCAAGUCAGAGAUCAACUUAAUCAACUAUUGCUGCAACAGAAUUUUCAUAAUAAUUAUCUUCUUAAAAACACCUGCUGGUACUUGGUGUGGUUAAAUAGGAAAAAUGUUAUUAAAUAAAACAUUUGUAUGAAUUUUUGCCAAUGUUUGACACAUUUUACUAGAUUACUGUUACUGAAUUAUGUUUUACCAAUAUUUUUUCACACUUAAAACACUUAUUGUAAUGUUUACAAGCAAAAUAGAAAAUACAUUUUAAGCAUUGAUUGGUUAACCUUACAAUUCAGGUAAAGUACUACAUUGUCACUGUACACUGGUAUUCUAUGUUGUGUAACAAAUAUGGAACCUCAGACGACUAUGCAUUUGGCAAAACCUAACAUUUGGAGAUAUGAAAAUUUGGAAAAGCUUUAAAAAUUACAGAAGUGCAGUUCUCAUUUCUGCUUAGUGCUGUUUCCUUGCCCCAGAUUCAUCUAGUGUCAUAUAGCCACUUAUCAUUUCAUUACAGGAAUAUCAGAUGUUGCACAAGAAUAAGGAAAUAACAGUACUACUAAUUUUUUGUUCCUGAAUCAAUUUCUUUAAUUUUGAUUUGGCUAUUAGAAUAUAUUAUGUCAUAAAUCAUAUCAAAAAAGCUAGUACCCUACUUUAUGGCAUAAACUGUCAACAUUUAUGCACUUAGCAAUAUACUGAUACAGAGCAGAACUAUUUACAAUCCCAUCUGGUAUUGUGUAAAAUUACCAAUAAAAUAUUUUUGUGAAUACA